AAUAACAUGCAGAAAAUUACUCGCGGGUGACGCGAGUUUUAUUGAAAUAACUCUCAGAUCCCUCUAUUUUCAAGAAGACAUCAGAGAUCCUUACAUUUUAUUGUAAUGACUGGAAGGGGACAUUUCAUCCAAUAUUUCAUCUAUAAACGUUUAUAAAUGUAUUUUUUCCUAUUCUUUUCUAAAUGUUUUAAGUUCUUCAAAUUAAUUAAUUAAGAAAAAAAUGUCAAAACUUGUUUCUCCAAAUCUCUACAUUCUCCUUUUCAUCCUAAACCGUUUGGUCUCAAUUCUCAUAAAGCCAUGGAACUCCGCCAUCCCCAAAGCCAUCCGCUCCCUCAUCAUCGCCGCCGACAAGUUUCGCGUGGACCCACACGCCACCGCCGCUGCCUCGACGGACUUCGGCGGCCGGGUCCGCGAAGCCCCGGCGGCCGUGCUGGACCCCACGUGCAUUGAUGACAUCAUCGACCUCGUGCGCUUCUCGUACAGCCUGCCGUCUCCCUUCGCCGUCGCGGCGAGGGGCCACGGGCACUCCGUCUCCGGCCAGGCGACCGCCAGAGACGGGGUGGUGGUGAACAUGGGGGCCCACUCUGGAGGGACGAGCAUCAGGGUUUGUCCCUCCGGGUGCUACGCCGACGUGGGAGGCGGCGAGCUGUGGAUCGACGUGCUGCGCGCAUGUCUGGCCCACGGCGUGACGCCGGUGUCGUGGACGGACUACCUGUACCUGACUGUGGGAGGAACACUGUCCAAUGCCGGGAUCAGCGGCCAGAUGUUUCGUUAUGGGCCUCAGAUCAGCAAUGUUCUUGAGCUUGAUGUAAUUACAGGAAAGGGAGAAUUGGUUACGUGCUCGAAAGACGUGAAUUCGGAUCUGUUUUUUGCAGUUUUGGGGGGUUUGGGACAGUUUGGGAUCAUAACAAGGGCAAGAAUAGUGUUGGAGGAGGCACCAACAAGGGCAAGAUGGGUAAGACUGUUGUAUGAUGACUUCUCAAAAUUCACAAGAGACCAAGAGCACCUCAUCUCCAUCAACAACAAUGGGCUAGACUACUUGGAAGGCUCCCUCAUCAUAAACCAUGACUCCUCUCGCAUCAACAAUUGGCGAUCGUCGUCCUUCUUUUCCCCCUCAGACCGGUCCAGGGUCGCCCCCUUGCUCUCCUCCAACCCCAUCAUCUACUGCCUGGACGCCGUCAAGUACUGCCGCGACGAGGACAUAAAAAAUACUGGCGACAGGCUGGCAGAUCUGACAAAAGGUCUGGGAUUUGCGAGUGGGAUGAUGUUCCAGAAGGGCAUGACGUACUUUGACUUUCUGAAUAGAGUCACGUGUCGCGAGCUCGAACCGCAGGACAACGGGCUUUGGAAGGCUUCGCACCCAUGGCUCAACUUGUUUGUCCCAAAGUCAAGAAUCUCGGACUUCAACUCCGGUGUCUUUCAAGACAUCAUUCUCAAACACAAGAUUAGGGACCCCAUUCUUGUCUAUCCAACAACCACCAAAACGUGGGAUGAUCGGAUGUCUGCGGUAACACCGGAAGAAGAAAUAUUUUACUGUGUGGGUCUACUGUACUCUUGCGACGCCAAAGAUGGGGAGCGUUUGGAUGGGGUGAAUAAAGAAAUCCUGAAGUAUUGUGAGGAGGCUGGAAUCAAGAUGAAGCAGUACCUCCCAAGUUUCCACACCAAACAGGAAUGGAUGAAACAUUUUGGGAAAAAAUGGAACCAUUUUCAGGAAAAUAAGGCUCGGUUCGAUCCAAAGAUGAUAUUGUCCCCCGGCCAGAGAAUCUUUAAUUAAUUCAUUAUUCCUUCAUUUAUAUAAAAAAAAUUAGAGUACGUGUAAUAUAUUAGGAGUAAGUAAUUAUUUAUAAUGGAGUGUAAUAAUAGAGUAAUAUAUUA